GCGUCCACGUCCUCACCCGGGAGUGGCCGCUCUAGGCAGCGGGGAGGUCGCGGGGUUGAGGGGGCUGGGAAAUGAGUGCGGCCUCUCCUCUAUGGUCGCGGGCCAGGGGUACCCUCCGCAGUCGGUCCUCGGUUACUUCCGGAAGUGAAGCGGACCAGCUCCUCCUCCGUUUCCGCGGGGGUCCCCGUGCGGGGGGGCGAUGGCCGGGUCGGUCCCCGGGCGAAUAGAAUGAUUUGAUGAUGCCUUGCUGCCAUCUCCGAAGUCUGAAGUUUUCUGUGUCUGUGGGUCCCAGAAUUUGCUGAAAGAUGGAAGAGCCUCAGAAAAAUGAUGCCACCACAGUGGGCCUGGAAGAUGACCCUCUCAAAAGCACGGGCCCUCAGAUUUCCGUUAGUGAAUUUUCCUGCCAUUGCUGUUAUGACAUCCUGGUUAACCCAACUACCUUGAACUGUGGGCACAGCUUCUGCCGGCACUGCCUCGCUUUAUGGUGGGUGUCUUCAAAGAAAACAGAGUGUCCGGAAUGCAGAGAAAAAUGGGAAGGUUUCCCCAAAGUCAACAUUCUCCUCAGAGAUGCCAUUGAAAAGUUAUUUCCUGAUGCUAUUAGGAUGAGAUUUGAAGACAUUCGACAGAACAAUGACAUAGUCCAAAGUCUCGCAGCCUUUCAAAAAUAUGGGAAUGAUCAGAUCCCUUUAACUCCCAACACGGGCCGAGUGAAUCAGCAGAGAGGAGGGGGCUUCUUUUCUGGAGUUCUCACAGCUUUAACUGGAGUGGCAGUGGUCCUGCUUGUGUAUCACUGGAGCAGCAGGGAAUCUGAGCAUGACCUCCUGGUCCAUAAGGCUGUGGCCAAAUGGACGGCGGAAGAAGUUGUCCUCUGGCUGGAGCAGCUGGGCCCAUGGGCCUCUCUCUACAGAGACAGGUUUUUGUCUGAAAGAGUGAAUGGAAGAUUGCUUUUAACUUUGACAGAGGAAGAAUUUUCAAGGGCGCCAUAUACUAUAGAAAACAGCAGCCACAGAAGAGCCAUCCUCAUGGAGCUGGAGCGUGUCAAGGCACUAGGUGUGAAGCCCCCCCAGAAUCUCUGGGAAUAUAAGGCCGUGAACCCAGGCAGGUCCCUGUUCCUGCUGUAUGCCCUCAAGAGCUCCCCGAGACUUGGUCUGCUGUACCUGUACCUGUUUGACUACACAGAUACCUUCCUGCCCUUCAUCCACACCAUCUGCCCUCUGCAGGAAGACAGCUCCGGGGAGGACAUCGUCACCAAGCUUCUGGAUCUGAGAGAGCCCACUUGGAAACAGUGGAGGGAAUUCCUCGUCAAAUACUCCUUCCUCCCAUACCAGCUGAUUGCUGAAUUUGCCUGGGACUGGCUGGAGGUCCACUACUGGACAUCACGGUUUCUCAUUGUUAACGCCAUGCUACUCUCGGUUUUGGAGUUAUUUUCUUUUUGGAGGAUCUGGUCAAGAAGUGAGCUCAAGACACUUCCUCAGAGGAUGUGGAGCCAUUUUUGGAAAGUGUCAACACAGGGGCUUUUUGUGGCCAUGUUCUGGCCCCUCAUCCCCCAGUUUGUGUGCAACUGUUUGUUUUACUGGGCCCUGUAUUUCAACCCAAUCAUUAACAUUGAUCUCGUGGUCAAGGAAGUUCGAAGACUGGAAACGCAAGUGUUGUGACUGGCACUGUCCGGGCUCUGAGCGGGUCCUCCAGUCUCCCCAGUGCCUGAGCGGAUGCUUUGGAGGGUGAGGGAAGAGGAGACUUCCUGUUUCUACCCCUGGUAAACAAGGUGCUGCUUUGUAGGACAAAGGCUUCAACCAGGUCCUCUCUUCUCUGCCUGUGGCACACCAUGGCAGCAGACUAACACCCCAGUACCUGGAGGACUGUCUGUGGCCCACACAGCCGCCGCCUCACAGGGACCUGGCUGGCUCAGGCCACCAUGGCUGGCAGGACUCAGGGUCCUCAGAGGACACAGUGUGGGUGACGUCAGAAGGCCACCACAUCGGCAUCUCCCUCCCUGCCUCAGUUAAUGACAGGUUCCUAGAGCCAAGACUAGGCUUGUUUGGGCCAGGCCUGUCCUGUACGUCAAGUUUAGGAAGACAGAGAUAGGGUUUUUGUCAUAGGCAUAAAAAGUUACACA